AAAUUACCUUGAAAAUUAAGGUAAUGAUUAAUCCAUCAGGCUCAAAAGGAAUUAGUUUUGAGAACUGAGGUUCCAAUUUGUGAACAUAAACAAACAGCUGAAAAUAGGGGAUGAAAACCUCACCAGAUGAAGUAUUAGGUCACAGCGAGUUGGUGGGUCCAUGUUUGUACAGUAGGAGAAUUCUGUCGGCUGUCUCUGUGAAUCUGUAAGCAGAUGUCAAAAUCUCCAGGUUCCAUGUGUCAGUGAAGUCAUAAGUCCAACUGCUGCAAGGAUCAUCCAUUCUAACCUUAACUGAGGAGUAUUAACUGAACUGAAGAGUGUCACCAGAACUCUGACUGACAAGCAUUACCUACUCUUUCCAGGAUUUGUGGCUGCAUGAUUCAGGCUAUGGACAGAAAGACCGAAAAAACCUUCAAAGAGAAAAUCAUCCUGAAGAACUCAUUGGCCAAAGAAGUGAUUGGAGAAUUCCUGGGGACAUUCACAUUGGUUGUCCUUGGAUGUGGCUCUGUAGCCCAAGCCGUCCUUAGCCGAGGGGCUUCAGGUGGAAUUGUGACCAUAAAUAUUGGCUUUUCUGCGGCUGUUGCAAUGGCUGUUUAUGUGACAGGAGGCAUCUCUGGUGGUCACAUUAACCCAGCAGUGUCCUUUGCUAUGUGUCUCUAUGGACGGAUGAAAUGGUUCAAAUUCCCUUUCUAUGCGGGGGCCCAGUUCCUGGGAGCUUUUCUAGGGGCUGCAGCCCUCUUUGGAGUUUACCAUGACGCACUUAGGUCCUUUGCUGAGGGAAAACUGAUCGUCACAGGAGAAAAUGCAACAGCCCAUAUUUUUGCAACUUAUCCAAUUAAAUACCUGACUGUAACAAAUGAAAUUGCAGACCAAGUGAUGUCUUCCGCAUUCCUUCUCCUGGUAGUAUUUGCCGUUUUUGAUGAGAAAAACUGGAGGGUCCCCAAGGGCCUAGAACCCAUUGUCCUUGGCCUACUGAUCCUUGUUUCUUCCUCAUUGGGAAUGAACAGUGGUUGUGCCAUGAAUCCAGCUAGAGACCUGGGUCCCAGAGUAUUCACAGCUCUGGCAGGGUGGGGGCUUGAAGUCUUCACAGCUGGAAGUUACUUCUGGUGGAUCCCAGUCGUGGGGCCUUUCCUUGGUGGCGCCUUAGGAGGCUUCAUCUAUAUUUACGGCAUUGAAAUCCACCAUACAGACCCAGACUCAGAUGAAAAGAGGAAACAAGUGGAGGAGAAACAUGAACUUAGUGUGAUAAUGUAAUAGCGUGCCCCACCCUGGGUUGUACAGUUGAUUGCAGCCAAGGGUCUAUAACUGUGUCUAUUCACUAAAAGUACAAAUUUAAUGAAGUUGUAAGACUGAAAGCUAGGGGAAAAUCCAUUUACUUGUACUGGGCCCAAUGGGAUAUAUGCUCCACUGAAAAGCAGUAGAAGUUGGGAUGGAGGCUGUUACCUUUGGCUCUGCAGGUUCGGUGUUCCCCUAGGAGAGCACUUGUGAUGGAAUCUUCUAACAGAGCAGAAUUUUUCCCCCUACCUUGUGGUUUCAUCCUUGUGAUGUUAGCCCUUUGGGGUAGGAUGCUUGAUUACUGACAUGCUCACUUGGAUUUAUCCCAGCUGCAUUAUCUAUAAAGAAAUAUUUCAUUCAGUGCCAUCAUGCACCAGACCUUUUA